ACUGUAGACAUACUACAGGAGACAGUCAGAGACUGUAGAUAUACUACAGGAGAUGAUUUGAGACUGCAGAUGUACUACAGGAGAUGAUUUGAGACUGUGGAAGUAGUACAAGAGAUGACCAGAGACUGUGGGCUUACUACAGAAGAUGACCAGAGACUGCGGCCAUACUACAGGAGAUGUCCAGAGACAGCGGACAUACUACAGGGGAUGACCAGAGACUGCAGACAUAGUACAGGGGAUGACCAGAGACUGCGGAUAUAGUACAGGAGAUGACCAGAGACUGCGGACAUAGUACAG